GAGGAGGAAAAUCGUUAAAGGCCCGAUCAAAUUCGGCUCACAGAGGAUAAAGAUUGGUUGAGUACAAGUUCUGCACGCUAGAAGGUAAAGCAUAAGCAUAAAAUUUACAGAAAUUCUGAAAAUCGAAGCCAAACAGUUUCGUAAUUAACAGCUAACCUCCAUCUCCUCAUGCUAAAAGACGCUUCACAACUACAGAACCCAAAAGCUGAGUCUUCGUCUUGCUUUCUCUGUCUCCUAACAUCGAUCUCUCGACUUUUAUCAAUAUAUUUUUAUGGGUGAACCCAAACCCGAACCGAAACCCGAGAUCCAAACAGCUUCGUCGAACAACAAGUCGACAAAGAUACGAAAGAGAUGCUAAAGAGUCCACGAAAAGCCACCAUGCAGAUUACCAGAUGGGUUUCGGAUCUUGAUUGGCGUCUCCUUUUGUUGAUAAUCCCUUCUUUAUCUGUUAUCGUGUUUUUUUCUUUAUCUUCUACAUCUAUCGACUCGUCUUCUUCUCUCCGAUAUUUUAUUUUCAACCAUACCUUCCCCAGUUUUAAUUCAUACGAUGUCGUGAAUUCGCCGCCUAGUGGGGUGCAGAAUCGGAGUAAAUCGGCUGUGGCUCAGCGGAAAGAUGAGUUGCUUCGGUCGAGAAUGGCUGUGUGUUUGGUGGGUGGAGCCAGAAGGUUCGAACUCACUGGACCGUCGAUAGUGGAAAAUGUUCUCCAAGUCUAUCCGAACGCCGACCUGUUUUUGCACAGUCCGAUGGAUAAAAAUGCUUACAAGUUUUCAUUGUUGAAGCUGGCGCCCAGACUGGCAUCGGUUCGAAUCUUCAAACCCAAACCCCUGAAUGAGACUCAAUCUCAAGUCCGAGUACUCACCGCCUCCAACUCACCUAAUGGCAUCCAGGGUCUGCUGCAAUACUUCAAUUUGGUAGAAGGAUGCCUACAAAUGAUCGAGGCGUAUCAAAAAAGGAAAAAAUUCACAUACGAUUGGAUAGUCCGAACCCGAGUUGACGGAUACUGGAACGCCCCGUUGGGACCCGUGAAUUUUAUUCCGGGUCGAUACCUUGUCCCACCCGGAUCUGACUACGGUGGAAUCAACGACCGACUCGGGAUUGGCGAUUUGAACACCUCAAGAGUUGCACUCGCACGCCUCUCUCUUAUCCCUAAACUUGACACAGCCGGGUUUCAGCAACUCAACUCGGAGACUGCAUUCAAAGCCCAACUCACCACCCAACGUGUGCCUUACGUCAGAAAACGGGUUCCGUUUUGUAUCGUAACGGAUAGGAGAUACGCGUUCCCGCCGUAUCGGUAUGGCGUGCCCGUGGCUGCGCUGUCGAGUCCGGGUCCAUUGAGUGGGGCCAAGUGCAGACCGUGCACAGCCGCUUGUCAAGGCCAGUGCGUGGCGGCUGUAAUGCGAUCGCUCAAUAAAGGAUGGAGCUGGACGGAUUGGGAGAACGGGAGCCUUGCGUUGUGUAACGCCCGUGGCGAGUGGGAGAGAGGUUGGGAGAAGAUUUUUGAUAAUGUUGGUGGGAAUAGAUUUGCGUCCGUGAGGAAAAGAUUUGCAGAGUUGAAAAAGAAAGAAUGUAUUGAUGAUUUCAACGCGAUGAAGAAACGGGUUUUCAGCUGGGAGGCUCCGCCGCCGGAGGACAUAUGUGCGCUUGGGUUAGGAGCUUAGAGACCAUGAGGAUCUUUCGUGAAAAGUGAUAACUAUAGGGGUGUUUUGGAGUUUAUCAGAAAUUUAGUUGUUCAUUUUAUACCAAUAUACCUUUUAGUAUUUUUAAUGUAUACCGGAGCGAAAUACAACUUUAUCUUAAAAAAAAUAAGAUUAAUUUUAUAAAAAUAAAUUAAAAAUUCAUCUACGGAAAAUGUCAUCUGGAUUGUAUCAAUGUAUAAUUCAAUUUUAGUCGAAAGCUUAAAGCGUAUCAUUUUGGUUUU